ACCAAAUGUUUCCCUCUAGUGACCCGGCCACGGCGUUUACCGCACACGUGAGCAGAGCACCCUGUGUGUCGCUGUGACCCCGGAAGCAGACGUAGUGGUUGCUAUAUUUCUCAGUGGGGAGGGUGGACGUAAGAAACCUGCAGCAAGAUGGGGCGGAGAUCUACGUCCUCCACCAAGAGUGGGAAGUUCAUGAACCCUACAGAUCAAGCACGAAAGGAGGCGCGGAAGAGGGAACUGAAGAAGAACAAGAAGCAGAGGAUGAUGGUGAGAGCCGCUGUGCUGAAGAUGAAAGAUCCAAAACAGAUUAUCCGGGACAUGGAGAAACUUGAUGAAAUGGAAUUUAACCCCGUGCAGCAGCCGCAGCUCAACGAGAAAGUGCUGAAAGACAAACGUAAAAAGUUACGGGAGACGUUUGAGCGGAUUCUGCGUCUGUACGAGAAGGAAAACCCGGAAACCUACAAAGAGCUGCGGAAGAUUGAGCUGGACUACGAGCACAAGCGCUCCCAGCUGAGUCAGUAUUUUGAUGCCGUGAAGAACGCCCAGCACGUGGAGGUGGAAAGCAUCCCACUGCCAGACCUGCCCCACGCUCCGUCCAAUAUUCUGAUUCAAGACAUUCCCCUGCCAGGAGCCCAGCCGCCAUCCAUCCUGAAGAAGACCUCUGCUUACGGACCCCCUGGGCGAGGCGGUGUCUCCCUGCCUUUCCCACCAGGCCAUGGAGUUCCCCGCUUACCCCCAGGCAAGAAGCCCCCAGGACCGCCGCCAGGCCCUCCCCCGCCCCAGGUACUGCAGAUGUAUGGGCGUAAAGUCGGGUUUGCUUUGGAGAACAUCAUGAGGAGGCGGGAAGAUGAGCGAUACAGCCCGGACGGAGGACAAAGGGGUCUCGAUGGUUCCAGCUCAAGUGACGAUGAGGGUUACGCUAAUGAGAUGGAACAGGACAAGGAGGAUGAAGGCAGCAGCGACGAGGACAGUGACAGCAAUCAGUCGGACGGAAGGGACAGUGACAGCACAGAGUAUGCUCAGCGAGAGGAUGAAAGGAAAAACAGCAGCGACAAGAAGGGAGGUCACAACGUACGUUUUGCUGAUGCUACGGACAAAUCUCAGAAAAAGAGGAAGAAGAGCGUGAAGGAUCUGACCCCGCUUCAGGCCAUGAUGUUACGUAUGGCUGGUCAGGAGGUGACGGAGGAAGACGAGGAUAAUGACGCGGAGGAAUAUCUAUCCAGCUCAUCAUCCGAUGAGGAUUCCGGCUCUGAGGACGAGCAGCGUACAGAGGAGUCCACAGCUGAUAAGUCGGAAACUAGCUCCAAGGCACCCAUUACAGUGCCUCCACCUCUUAAUGUGCCGCCACCACCGCUGCAGAUGCCACCCUCUAUCAUGUCAGGACCACCUCCCCUCGGUCCACCACCAGUUCCACCACUUCGGCCUCCCGGACCACCAUCAGGAAUGCCACCAGGACCACCGCCUGGAGCGCCUCCGUUUUUGAGACCCCCUGGUCUUCGUGGCCCACCGCCACGCCUGUUACCACCAGGACCUCCGCCCGGCCGUCCUCCUGGCCCCCCUCCCGGUCCUCCUCCUGGCUUGCCACCAGGUCCCCCACCACGUGGCCCGCCCCCACGUCUGCCUCCGCCAGCACCCCCAGGUAUGCCCCCUCCUCCUCGCCCAAUGUUGCGCCCUCCCUUGGGUCCUCCUCCCGGCUCGGCACCCCCAGGCCUUUAUCCUCCGACACCAGUGGCAAACCCAGGUGUGCUAAGUGCACCUCCCAGCUUAAUACAGAGACCCAAAUCAGACGAGAGCGGGGCCACCAUUGAGAAGAAGGCCACUGCCACGAUCAGCGCCAAACCGCAGAUCACAAAUCCUAAAGCGGAGGUGACUCGGUUUGUCCCGACUGCCCUCCGUGUGCGCAGGGAGAACAAAGGGUCAGGUGUCGCUCCUCAAUCAAGGAAACAAGAGGAGGAGGUGACGAGGCCGGUGGCCAAAGCUGGUCCCAAGAUAGGAGCACCGAUGCCGGUGCAGACCAAGGACGAUAUGUACGAAGCCUUUAUGAAAGAGAUGGAAGGGCUUCUCUAGAGCUGCGGAUAUGUACUUUUAUUUAGAAGUCAUCCUGUUUAAGCUUCCCACAGCACCUCCUGAACGUGUGAUGUUGUGCAAACCAUCCGCAGACUGUGUCUGUAAUAGGGAUCGCUGAUCCCUUUGUGUUCCCCCUGAUGAUACCGUGGAUUGUGGUCAGACUGUUCUCGCCAGACCGGUAGCAAUCUAGGUCUAUUGUUUUGACCAUUCACAACUCUUUUUAAUUUCUUAGUAUUAAACAUGUGACCUAAGUAGAAUGUUUAAGUUAGUCCUUUAUUGUUUUUAUUUGGUAUUGAUGAAUUAAGUUUCUCUUCUCUUACACAUCUCCAUAUCAGAGCAGAAGAAUGCGUGUCGUUUAUGUGGACGUCGCCUAUCUGGUGUUCAUUCAAGGCCCAGGUGUGGUUUCCCUGCACUUGGGGAUAAAGUAUUUUACUACACAAUAUAUUUACAAUAGGCCGCUUUUCAGUAUCCCAUGGAUGACCUCCAAUACAGGACUACUUACCUCUGGUCCUCAAGCCCCCACCCAGAUGAAAACCUGAGGGUCAUGGUUUUCGUAUUUCUGUAGGUGAACACUGGAUGUGCUUCUUUUUGGCAGCCAUCUUUAAUUAGGGAGGAUUCAGACCCAGGAGCACAAGAGGGGUGGGGCAGUGCGAGAGGGAGGAGCAGAAGAUGGGUGGGGCAGUGCGAGAGGGAGGAGCAGAAGAAGAGGUGGGGCAGUGCGAGAGGGAGGAGCAGAAGAGGUGGGGCAGUGUGAGAGGGAGGAGCAGAAGAGGUGUGGGGCAGUGUGAGAGGGAGGAGCAGAAGAGGGGUGGGGCAGUGUGAGAGGGAGGAGCAGAAGAGGGGUGGGGCAGUGCGAGGAACAGAAGACAGGUCACGCAGGUAUUACAUGCAUAGUUGCCAUCCGACGCUAAAUCUGAUUAGUUCAUAGAUCUUGUUUUUCUAUUGUAUGGUUUGGUUGGGUUUCAGAAUACUUUUUUUUUUUUUUAUAUAUAUAUAUUAUUAUUGCUUUUGACUCGCCCAUUUUACUGUAAAUAAUUUUAUUUUUUAAUUAUAAUAUUUGUGUUUUUACAUUGAUUUAUACCAUUGUUUCUCGGGCUGAAUAAAUGACUGCACACCUUCAUUGUUACUGGAGAUGAGAGCAAUUGCCAUAGCUUUAAUACUAUGAUGUAAAGUGAAUAAAGAUUGAUGUGUACAGCG